CUUACCCCACAACUCGAGAUGUAUCAUGUCCCAAGGUAUCUCACCAAUCUUUGAUAUUAGUACUAAAGAUUUCCUUUCUUUCUCUCUUCUCUUCGAUCUCUUCUAGUAUACCCCACAAUAUCGGAACUUCAACCAUGGCAGAUGCUGUGACACUCGAGUUCAAAGGCAGGAUAGCCGUGAUCACUAUCGAUGAUCAGAAGAAACUUAAUGCUCUUUCUCAGGAUGGAUACUACCAAUUGGCAGCUUAUAUGAAAGAAGUGGCACAACAUGAUGAAGUCUUCAUUACUGUUCUGACUGGAAAGGGCCGUUACUUUUCAGCUGGUGCAGAUGUAAGCAUCUCGAGAUCGCAGCCUGAUGGCACGGAUUUGAACCGCCAUUGGCUUAAGAGCUUCGUGUCAAACAAUUUGUUUGUUACGAACACAUUUCAGACUCAUCCGAAGAUCCUCGUAACAGCUCUUAACGGUCCAGCAAUUGGCCUUUCAGCUGCUCUAGUUGCAUUCUCGGAUUUCAUAUACUGUGUUCCCAGUACCUUCCUCCUCACGCCAUUCUCAUCACUCGGACUUGUCGCUGAAGGUGGCGCUUCGAGAACUUUCGUCCAGCGAUUGGGAAUCAGCAAAGCGAAUGAGGCCCUGAUCAUGAGCAAGCGGAUCACUGCAGAUGAGCUUUUGCAGGUUGGCUUCGUGAACAAGAUCUUCGAUUGCGGGAAAGACGAGGAUGAGAAGUUCAGGAAGUUGGUGUUCGAGGAAAUCGACAACAGACUGGGGGAACAUUUGAUUGGAGACAGCUUGACCAAAAUCAAAGCCCUGAUCAGAAAGCCGGAGAGAGACAUAAUGGACGCACAAGGAGUUGCGGAAGUCUUUGGUGGGUUAGAAAGAUUCAGCGCCGGCAUCCCACAAGAGGAGUUCAGGAAGAUUGCCAGUGGGGAAAAGAGACAUAAGCUAUGAAAGCUGUGACAAAAUGGUCAAAAUGAAAUAAUUCGCAUCGCACUUUCAUAUUGCUUAGGUCUCUAAGGGUCAAUUGAGCCUUUCAAAGCUUCUCGUGGCACCCUCCGACGCCGAAACACCACAACCAUACAACCCUUUUGACUCCAUAAACCCCUUGCCCAAUGUGAGAGACCCGUGUGACCUCCAUUCAAUGUUCUUCUUCUUCCUUGGCCGCCUUCUCCGCUGCGGCCUUCAAUCUUUCCUCUUGUUUCUUCCAGUGGCUUCCCUCCUCGUAGUCCUUGCUAAUCCCCAACGCACUUCUGAACCUAUCGUCUUGCUUGAUUUUGGCCUCUGCCAAUUCAUGAACUUGAUGCAUCUUCAGGCCUUUUUUGUUCGGUCCAGUUCCUCUUUCACUUUCCUUCAGUAAUUUCCUUCUCAAGGCCUCAGUUUGAGUCUCGAUCUCCUCCUCGUCGACAC